AUGUCACCUUCCUCGCCUGCUCUGCGCAAGAGAGGCGGAAAGAAGGAGGAAUAUACUCCUGUGCCCUCCGACGAUGGCGCGUCUCCCGCGGUCGCCGGCAAGCGUCAUUCGGAAUGGGACUACUGGCUGGCCAUAACCAUUCUGACUGUCCUGGCGUUCGCGACUCGCUUCUGGCGCAUCGACUACCCCAAUGAGGUCGUCUUCGACGAGGUCCACUUUGGAAAGUUCGCCUCGUACUAUUUGCAGCGCAUGUACUUCUUCGAUGUCCACCCGCCCUUCGGAAAGCUCCUCUUUGCCUUUAUGGGCUGGCUCAUCGGGUACGAUGGCCAUUUCUUCUUCGACAACAUCGGUGACUCCUACAUUGAGAACAAUGUCCCAUACAUCGCCCUGCGCGCGAUGCCGGCUGCCCUCGGUGCUAUUACAAUUCCUGUCGUCUUCCUGAUCAUGUGGGAGUCGGGAUAUUCGCUGCCCGCUUGUGUUCUGGCUGCCGGUCUCAUGGUGUUUGACAAUGCCCACGUUGGCGAGGACCGUCUCAUCCUGCUCGACUCCACUCUGGUGCUGAGCAUGGCCCUCAGCGUCCUCUGCUACGUGCGUUUCUACAAGCUGCGACAUGAUCCGUUCUCGCGUAAGUGGUGGAAGUGGCUGCUCCUGACUGGCUUCUGUCUGAGCUGCGUCAUCUCGACCAAGUAUGUCGGUGUCUUUACUUUCGUGACCAUUGGCGCUGCGGUCCUGAUCGAUCUGUGGAACCUCUUGGAUAUCAACCGCCGCCAGGGUGCUCUUGACAUGAUCACCUUCGUGAAGCACUUCUUCGCCCGCGGUGCCGCGCUUGUUGUCAUUCCCUUCUUCUUCUACCUGUUCUGGUUCCAGGUCCACUUCGCCAUUCUGACCCGCUCCGGCCCUGGCGACGAGUUCAUGUCUCCCGAAUUCCAGGAGACUCUCAGCGACAAUGCAAUGACUGCUCAGUCUGUUGGUGUGCAGUACUUCGACAGCAUUACCAUGCGGCACAAGGAUACCAAGGUCCUCCUCCACAGUCACUACGAGACCUACCCUCUCCGCUACGAUGAUGGCCGUAUCUCCAGCCAGGGCCAGCAGGUGACCGGAUACCCCCACAAUGAUACCAACAACCUCUGGCAGGUGAUUCCUACCAAGCCCCUGGCCGAUGAUGGCACCGCCCACAGCGUGCUCAAUGGCGACAUUAUCCAACUCCGUCAUGUGGGCACCGACACCGUUCUGCUGACCCACGACGUGGCUUCUCCUUACUACCCAACCAACCAGGAGUUCACCACCGUCUCGCAGGAGCUGGCAAGUGGUGAGCGCCACAACGACACUCUCUUCGAGAUCCAGAUCCAGAACGGCAAGCCCCAACAGGAGUUCCGUACCUUCGCAAGCUUGUUCAAACUGGUUCACGUGCCGACCCGUGUCGCCAUGUGGACGCACACCACUCCUCUCCCCGAUUGGGGCUUCAAGCAGGCCGAGAUCAACGGUAACAAGAACAUCCUGCAAUCCAGCAACUUGUGGUACGCCGAGACCAUCGACGGCCUCGAGCCUGAUAGCCCGCGUCUGGUGCGCCAGGAGCGUAAGCCUAAGCACCUGUCCUUCUUGCGCAAGUACUUCGAGCUGCAGGGUGCCAUGUUCCACCACAACAAUGCCCUGACCAGCAGCCACCCUUACGCCACGGAGCCCUUCCAGUGGCCAUUCCUGCUGCGCGGUGUGAGCUUUUGGACCAAGAACGACACUCGCGAGCAGAUCUACUUCUUGGGUAACCCCGUUGGAUGGUGGAUUGCCAGCAGUCUGCUCGCCGUGUUCGCCGGUAUUAUCGGAGCCGAUCAACUGUCGCUCCGCCGUGGUGUGGAUGCCCUGGAAGACAUUUGGGGUCCCGGCGCCCGUUCGCGUCUGUACAACAGCACGGGCUUCCUGUUCCUGUGCUGGGCAGCGCACUACUUCCCCUUCUGGCUGAUGGGCCGCCAGCGUUUCCUGCACCACUACCUCCCUUCGCACCUGGCAUCAACGAUGGUGACUGGUGCGCUGAUCGAGUUUAUAUUCAACUUGCAGCCUCUCGAUCCCGACACCGCCGAGGCCCCAGUCGAUGACCCCUCUGGCAAGGCCAAGGGCCGGGUUAGCCGGAGCGUGCGCCGAUUCGUUACGGCGAAGGAGCGCAUGGGUCUGAAGUCCACCCUCGCGGCGUGGGCGGCGACCGCCGUCAUUCUGGGCGUGACGAUCUGGGGCUUCAUCUUCUAUGCCCCCUUGACCUACGGUACCCCGGGACUGGAUGUGAACAGCGUCCUUGCUCGCAAGUGGUUGAACUAUGACCUCCACUUUGCCAAAUAA